AUGGGAGAAGAAGACCAACGGAAUUUGGAGAAAUCAAUCCAAGACCUCUGUGUCUUAAUACACACAGAAUUCGGGACUAUGGGCGAAGAAAACCCAUUCGGCGUAGGAAUCACCGAAGUUAUCCACAUGGACAGUUUUCAAGCCCUCGCAAGCAUUAUGAAUAUCACAGACGGUCUUUUAGACAUCAAAAAACAAGCCAGAGGCACGCCUGAGUACCAACAGUUCCUAGACAACGAAACUUACCAAAGAGCCCUCCAAAAGCUUGAGAACGAAGUCCGCAAUCAUAUAAAAAUCGAGCAACAAAUGAAGCUUUAUAUUGAUUCAAUGACAGAGAAGCUUGAAAAAUCAGAGAAAAAACAAAAAGGACUGACCCAAAGCAAUAACAAAGUCGUGGAUCAGCUCAGACAGGACACUGAGACCUUAAAAGAGCUAAUUGAGUUAAGGAAAAAAGAAGUCCAAGAUUUGAAAAUGUCAAGCUCAGGCAAAAUUAAGCUACCAACUACAGAUAGGCCAAUGUCAAGGACAAUGGCAAAAAGAGAAGAAAAGUCUGCAGAACAUGAGCAAAGGAAUUCUCGGCUCCAACAGGAGUGAAAACGGUUAAAAGGGACCUUAGCUGAAAAACAAAAAGAGUACCAAAAGCAUGUGGUGGAGCUAGAUAAGCUGCAAGAAGCCUUGACUUCUGUGAAUGAGCCUACUCUAGAAGAGGAGCAGAAGCUUACCGACUAUUAUAAGCGAAAAUAUGAAGAAAAAUGCCUAGAGGCAGCCCAAAUCCAAAACAAGCUGAAACGAUUACAGAUUUAUGAGAAAGCGCCUGUCAAAAAGCAGAAGUCAAUUUCUCCAAUCCCUUCUACAAACUCAAGGAAAAGAGGGGAAGAGCAGCCUCUUUAUAAGAUGAUUUCGAACUCCCGGUCUUCUAACAACUUGCAAAGAGUGACGUCAGUGGAAAAGCUGAGAACUGACCGAGUGCCAGUAGCAAUAAAGCAGAGGGUGCAGAUGUCUUAUACAUCUAGAAAGUAA